AUGGAAAUCAUUUUUUUUUCGAUAUAUUUUACCAUCGUGACUCUCUUCAUUAUUUGGAAAUUAUUUGAGGAAGUUCAAUCACAAUAACUGUGGACACUAACUCUUAAGAAAGUUCAUCAAUCUUUGCAAGAAUUAGCUUUAACUUACCAAAAUAAAUAACAUUAUCAAAUUUUAGAUCACAUCAAAGAAAAUAUGAAACUUUUGUCCUAGAUGCAAGAACAAUUUUUAAAUAGUAAUUACCUACUUAAUCUUUAGCUCUACUAUAAACUCAAAAUUCAAUGAUCAAAAAAGUUAAUAGUAAUCGUCUUAGUAGUCGAUCUUUGAAUUAUAGUUAUAGAGAAUUUUCAUUUGAUAAUGAAAUAAAAUUUUAAUGA